CCGUACUCUGAAAUUGGUUCGACGGGCUUGUGCUGGACUAAGGUGUGUCUCCGUUGCUCCUUCAUCGCUAUUCCAUCUGUUCUGAUUUUGCCGUAUUCUACCCAGCAAAUGAGAAGAAUUCGUUUCGCAUAUCUCUUUUCCGCUCUCAAAACCCCUAAUUUCUUCGUCUGCAAUUGCAAACAUAAUCCAUCAAUUUAUGGGAAUUUGUUAACCGUUGCACGAAUGCCCAUUCACCCACCCUUUACAGUCCCCUCAUUUUGCUCCAAUGCAACUGCCUUGGAUUCCCGUCUUACUGAUGUGGCUAAGGUGUAUGCGACUGUAAUGGAUAACUCUAAUGCAUAUGAUAAUAUGGAGAAAUCGCUUGACCAACUCGGUGUCCCAUUAACUACGCCUUUGGUUCUUGAGCUUCUGCAAAGGCUUUCUCUUGAGGAGAAACUAGCUUUCAGGUUCUUUACAUGGGCUGCGAGUCAACAAGAUUAUGCCCAUCAGCCUCAAGCUUAUAAUCAAAUGAUUGACAUUUUGUCCAGUACAAAGUAUAAGGUUAAACAAUUUCGGAUUGUCUGCGAUAUGCUUGAUUAUAUGAAGAGGUCUAACAGAAAUGCUGUCCCCGUUGAAGUUUUGCUUCACAUUUUGAGACAAUAUGCUGAAAAGCAUUUGACCCAUCUUCAGAAAUUUGCUAAGAAGAAGAAGAUAAGAGUGAAAACGCAGCCAGAGAUCAACGCUUUUAACUUGCUGCUGGAUGCUUUGUGUAAAUGUAGUUUGGUUGAGGAUGCUGAGGUUCUGUUUAGGAGAAUGAAAGGGAGAGUUAAACCAGAUGCUAAUUCGUACAAUAUAUUGUUUUUCGGUUGGUGUAGGGUUAGGAAUCCGAAACGAGGAAUGAGCGUUCUGGAAGAAAUGAUCCAGUUGGGCCAUACUCCUGAUAAUUUUACAUACAAUACUGCUAUUGAUGCCUUCUGCAAAGCAGGAAUGGUGACUGAGGCAGCUGAACUUUUCGAGUUUAUGAGAACAAAAGGGUCAACCAUGUCUUCUCCCACUGCAAAAACUUAUUCAAUCAUGAUUGUGGCUUUAAUGCAUAACAACAGAAUGGAAGAAUGCUUUGAGCUUAUAGGUCAUAUGAUGAAUAGUGGUUGCCUACCUGAUGUGUCCACUUUCAAGGAAUUGAUCGAAGGGAUGUCCUCAGCAGGGAAGGUUGAGGAAGCUUACAAGUUCUUGGAAGAGAUGGGAAAUAAAGGUUACCCGCCUGAUAUAGUUACUUACAAUUGUUUCCUCAAGGUCCUUUGCGACAAUAAAAAGUGCGAUGAAGCUUUGAGGCUAUAUCAAAGAAUGAUUGAUGUGGGUUGUAUGCCGAGUGUGCAAACUUAUAAUAUGUUGAUUUCAAUGUUCUUUCAGAUAGGUGAUCUUGAUGGGGUGUUUGAGACUUGGCAAGAGAUGGAUAGGAGGGGAUGUGCACAAGAUAUUGACACUUAUUGCAUCAUGAUUGAUGGGCUCUUCAGCUGCAAUAAAGUGGAAGAUGCUUGUUUUGUUUUGGAAGAUGUCAUAAAUAAGGGAUUGAAAUUACCGUACCCAAAGUUUGACUCGUUUUUGAUGCAGCUUUCAGCUAUUGGUAACCUCCAAGCCAUCCACAAGCUUUCUGAACAUAUGAGGAAGUUUUACAAUCCUGCUAUGGCAAGACGUUUUGCCUUGAAUCAGAAGAGGAAGAGUGUGAGUUUAAGAGGGAAGUAAGAAUAUACAAAAAUACUUUUGGAAGUUUUAACUUUCAUCAUACGGAAGUGGUAUGUGGGAUUGGUACUUGCUCACUCGUUAACUCCUUUGUAAGUUUUGAACAAGAAACAGUAAGGAUUGCAUAGAACAAUAUAGUGGGAGGUUGGACCAGUGUGAUGCACAUACUUGUUCUCAUAAUCUCUGGCAGAUCUAUAUAAUCCAUAAAUACUAGUUGUCAUUGGUUAUACUAGUGGUAGUGCCCCCAUGAAUUUUUGCGGUGAGUUGGAUCUGCUGCAUGCUGCUAUGUUCUGUACUUGAUCAAUUUUACUUUUUAUCUUUUUCGAGUUCAGUUAAGGAACAAACACAUCACAGAAGAAGUUGAUUAUGAAAUUAUGUAAUGCUAAAGAUUUAUUUCCCGCAAAACCUUCAUGACUGAGUUAACACCUAUUGAUACCUGCUGGAGCCACUGCUUAUGUUGUCAGUGCCGGAGAUUGCAUUUUACAGUGUAAGUCAAAAUGCAUACCUUUUCCCCCUUUUCAUUUCC